AGCGUUUUCUGCGGGCCAGGGCGGCGGAGGCGGGACUUCCGCUUCUUCGUGUGACGUCAUCUCCGUGGGCCGGUUUGGCCCUGAAACAGUGUGGGGCCUAGAGCGCUGGGUGGGCGCGUUCUGCGGCCUGAGCAGGGACGGGUAGUGAAGCGGUUACGCCCCUUCUUCGCGUCUUGGCGGGAGCCUGACGCCCCGCUUCUCCCCUAACGAGGUGUCCCACCGGCGCCCGCCGAGGCCUAGGCCUCCGCAGCCGCCCUCCGUCUCCUCAGCCCCGACGCUGCGCUUUGGGCCUUGUGCGCAUUUUUUUCGGGGGAAAACUGAGGCUCGGAGUGCGAAAGUCAGCCGAGGUCGCCCCGCCCAGGACAGAGAAGGGCUGUGGUCGGCUGAUCCGCGGCAUUCCCGGGAUGGCGGCGGCGUGGAUGGCUCCGGCGCAGGAGUCCGUGACCUUCGAGGAUGUGGCUGUGACAUUUACCCAGGAGGAGUGGGGGCAGUUGGACGUGACCCAGAGGGCCUUGUACGUGGAGGUGAUGCUGGAGACCUGUGGGCUUCUGGUCGCACUGGGUGACAGCACAAAACCUGAGACCGUAGAGCCUAUCCCUUCUCACCUGGCCUUGCCUGAGGAAGUCUCACUCCAGGAACAGCUGGCACAGGGAGUCCCAAGAUACUCCUAUUUGGGACAGGCCAUGGAUCAAGAUGGGCCAUCUGAAAUGCAGGAAUACUUUUUGAGACCAGGGACAGACCCACAGAGUGAGAAACUCCAUGGGAAAAUGAGCCUUGAACACGAAGGUUUGGCGACAGCUGAUGGUAUAUGUUCAAUGAUGAUACAGAACCAAGUCUCACCAGAAGAUGCUCUCUAUGGAUUUGACUCAUAUGGACCAGUUACAGAUUCCUUGAUUCAUGAAGGGGAAAAUUCCUAUAAAUUCGAGGAAAUGUUUAAUGAGAAUUGCUUCCUUGUUCAGCAUGAGCAGAUUCUCCCUCGUGUGAAGCCCUAUGAUUGCCCAGAAUGUGGGAAAGCCUUCGGCAAGAGCAAACACCUCCUUCAGCAUCACAUCAUCCAUACUGGGGAGAAGCCCUAUAAAUGCCUGGAGUGUGGGAAAGACUUCAACCGCAGGUCACACCUCACACGGCACCAGCGGACUCACAAUGGAGAUAAGCCCUUUGUGUGCAGUGAAUGUGGAAGGACCUUCAAUCGCGGGUCGCACCUUACACGGCACCAGCGGGUUCACAGUGGAGAGAAGCCUUUUGUGUGCAAUGAAUGUGGAAAGGCCUUUACCUACCGCUCCAAUUUUGUCUUGCAUAACAAGAGCCACAAUGAGAAAAAACCCUUCGCAUGCAGCGAAUGUGGAAAAGGCUUUUAUGAGAGUACAGCCCUCAUUCAACACUUCAUUAUCCAUACUGGGGAGAGGCCCUUUAAGUGCCUUGAGUGUGGGAAGGCCUUCAACUGCAGGUCACACCUCAAGCAGCAUGAGCGGAUUCACACUGGUGAGAAGCCCUUUGUGUGCAGUCAAUGUGGAAAGGCCUUCACUCACUAUUCCACCUAUGUCCUGCAUGAAAGAGCCCACACUGGAGAAAAGCCUUUUGAGUGCAAAGAAUGUGGGAAAGCCUUUAGCAUUCGAAAAGACCUCAUUCGACACUUCAACAUCCACACUGGAGAGAAGCCCUAUGAGUGUUUACAGUGUGGAAAGGCUUUUACCCGCAUGUCAGGGCUCACAAGGCACCAGUGGAUUCAUACUGGAGAGAAGCCGUAUGUAUGCAUCCAAUGUGGGAAAGCCUUUUGUCGGACCACAAACCUGAUUCGACACUUUAGCAUCCACACUGGAGAGAAGCCCUAUGAAUGCGUGGAGUGUGGGAAGGCCUUCAACCGCAGGUCACCCCUCACAAGGCACCAGCGGAUUCACACUGCAGAGAAGUCCCACGAACCCAUCCAGAGUGGGAACGUUUCUUGCGAGAGCACAGAUCUCAUUCAACACUCCAUCAUCCACACUGAGAGUAGCCCAGUGAGUGCAGUGAAUAUGGAAACGCCUUCAAUUGCCGCUCAUUCCUCCUCACUCGACAUCAACGGAUUCAUAGUGGAAGAAACCCUACAAUUGUAACAGAUGUGGAAAGACUUUUUACGUACACUUCAGUCAACAUCCAAGAAUUCCUAUUAGUGAAACAGUUUUUUAAUAUAACCACUGAAGAAAAUCUGUGGUGAGAGGAAACAUCUUACCAUCUGGUUAUUCGUACUGAAGAGAAACUCCAUAAGUAUCAUCUCUGUGGGAAAACCUGUUUUAGAUCAUCAUUUGUCAUCUAAACAAUUAUGUUAGAAAUUGACACAGCCAAGAGUCUUAUUCUACAUCUGAUAAUUCACCCAUGAGAGAGACCCAGUGGUUACUGUGCACUUAGGAAAACUUUCAGCCACAUCUUUCUUGUUAGUUUACAGUGAAAUGUUAUCUCAGGGACAUUCAAACAAAGGAGGAGUCGUCAUAGGGAAGAGAAAGAAAUGGAAGCACAGCUUCUUUCAGACUUCCCUGACAAGCCCAUGGCAAUUUGUCAUCCCCUCCUUAUUUUAUUUGGGAGAGGGAAAUGUUUCAGAAACAAAAGGGCCUCAUCCCCUUUAUUUUCCCUGUGUAUACAUUCACUGCUGUCCAGUGCUGUAGACAAACGGUUUGUUUGAAAACAUUUUGUGAAAGCCUACUUUGUUCCACAGCAUUGUCUCCACUCUUGAGGAGCAGAAGCAUAUAUCUUUAUGAGAAAGAUGGAGGCUUGAGUUAUGAAAUACUUUUACAUUUAAGGAGAUAAAGGAUGUACAUAUGAAUGGGCACAUUUUACUGCACACUUCAGACGCUUUGAUUUUUUAAAAAAAUUGUUUCUCCGUGUGUCUUUAACCACCCAGUACCAUACUUUUUUCUUGAUCUGGAUCUACUUGUUAAUUUCUUCUUUAUUUUUCUGUAGGAUGGAGAUGAUAUUGUAGCUGUUUGUACAUAAUGUAAUCCAGGGAGUCCUAAUUCUUCCCUCUGGUUGUGGUUUCUCAGCUUCUUUACUCCUCUUUAGAGAGAGUAAAUAGUUCAAAAUUCACCUCAACAAUUUUCUAGAGGUCAAUUUGGAACCAAAAAUGAAAUAAGACAUGUAGCUAAAGUAAGUUAAAAGAUUAUGAUAAACUCAGAAAAUAAACAGAGAAGGAAUCUCAUUUUUCAGUCUUACAGAAGAUUGUGUGAAGGCUGACUAUAUAUAAAGUGACUGGAAUUUUAACAGGUGAACCUGCAUAUGUAUAUGCAGGUAGUUGUCACCAUGGAUUGAGUCCAGUCGUAAUAAUUAAUAUGUUUAAUCAGAAUAUUUUGGAAUUUCUCUUUUGGUAUUUUUGUUUCUUUUAUUGUUUUUAAUUGACAAUGUUUAUGGGGUUUGGUGUGAUAUUUCAAUACAUGUGUACUAAGAGUAAUGAUCAAAUCAGGGUAAUUAGCAUAUCCAUCUCAAUCAUUUAUCAUUUCUUUGUGUUUAGAAACAUUCACAGUCUGCUUUUCUAGCUAUUUGAAAAUAUAAAAUGUAUUGUUGCCAAUUGUACUCAUUCUACAGUGCCACAGAACACUACAACUUAUUCAAAUGGAAUCUUACUUGCUGUAAUUUUGUAUUUGUUAACCAAUCUCUAUCUGCCUCUCUGCUGUCCUUCCCAGCCUCUGGUUACCACCAUUCUCAACCUUUUAUGCUUGCAUAUGAGUAGAAACAUGGAGUAUUUCUCUUUCUGUGUCUAGCUUAUUUCACUUAAUGUCUUUCAAGCUCAUUCAUGUUGCUGUGAAUGACAGGUUUAUUUUUCAUGGCUGAGUAGUAUUCCAUUGUGUAUAUAUGCCAUGUUUUCUUUCUUCAUUCAUCUGAUAAUGGACACUUAGAUUGAUUUCUUAGCUAUUAUGAGUAGUGCUUCGAUAAACAUAAGAGUGUAGAUCUCUCUUUGACAUAUAGAUAUAUUUGUUUUUGCAUAUAUGCCCAGUAGUAGUAUAGAUCAUUACCAGUGGAUCAUAUGGUAGUUGUAUUUUUAACUUUUGUUUAUUUUUCAUUUUUUAAAAUGGGGUCUUGCUGUGUUAUUCAGGCUGGUCUCAGACUCCUGGGCUCAAGCAGUCCUGCACCUCAGCCUCCUGAGUAGCUGGGACUACAGGCACACACCACCGUGCCUGGCUAUAGUUUUAGAUUUUUGAGGAACAUCCAUACUGUUUUCCAUAUGGCUAUACUAAUUAGCAUUCCUACCAGCCAUAUAUAAGAGGUCCCCCUUUUCCAUGUUCUCAGCAGCAUUUUUUAUUUUUUAUCUUUGGUAAUAGCCAUCCUAACUGAGGUGAAAUUAUAUCUCGUGGUUUUGAUUUGCAUUUCCCUGAUUAGUGAUGUUGAGCAUUUUUUCAUAUACUUGGCCAUUUGUAUGUCUCCUUUUGAGGGAUGUCUAUUCACCUUAUUUACCCAUUUUAAAAUCGGAUUUUUUAUUUUUAUUUUUUGCUAUUGAGUUCCUUUUGUAUUCUGGAUAUUAAUCCCUUUCAGAUGAAUAGUUUGCAAAUAUUUUAUCCCACUCUACUAGUUGUCUCUUCAUUCUGUUGUUUCCUUUGCUGUGCAGAAGUUUUUUAGAUUAAUAUAAUCCCUUUGUUUAUUUGUGCUUUUGUUACCUUGAUUUUUAGGUAUUCAUAAAAUCCUCGCCCAGACCAAUAUCCAGAAGCAUUUCCCCUAUGUUUUUUUCUGUAGUUUCAUAGUUUUUGCUCUUACAUUUAAGCUUUCAAACCAUUUUGAGUUGAUUAUCCUGAGAGCAUAGAUUCAAAUUGCCCUAAAAAUACAUUCCCAAUUUUUGUUUUUGCUUUUUAAUUAUUUUUUAGAGACAUAGUCUCACCACAUUGCCCAGCUUGGUCCUGAACUCCUGGACUCAAGUGAGCCACAACCCAGCCUUCUGAGUAGCUAAGAUUACAGGUAUGAGCCAGCAUACUUGGUGUUUUGAGUUGAUUUUUGUGUAUGGUGAGAGAUGAGUCUACUUUCAUUCUUCUGCAUAUGAAUAUCCAGUGUCCCAGCACCAUUUAUUGAAGAGACUGUCCUUUUCCCAGUGAAUGUUCUUUGUGCCUUUGUUAGAAAUCAGUUGGCUGUAAAUGGGAUUUAUUCCUGGGUUCUCUGUUUUGUUCCAUUGGUUUGUGUGGUUUUUAAAAAAAUACCUGUACCAUGCUGUUUUGGUUACCAUCACUUUGUAGUAUAUUUCAAGGUCAGGUAGUGUGAUAACUCCCAUUUUGUUCUUUUUGCUUAGGAUUGCUUUGGAUAUUCAGUAUCUUCUGUGAUAUCAUGAAUUUUAGGAUUACUAUUUCUAUUUCUGUGAAAAAUGUCAUUGGUAUUUUGUUAAGAGUGCAUUGAAUCUGUAGAUCACUUGAGGUAGUAUGUUCAUUUUUUUUUCAUAAGCUAUCUCUUAACAGGAAAGUAUGUUCAUUUUUAUAUUAACCAUUCUAAUCCAUGACCAUGGGAUGUUUUUCCAUUUUUAUGUGUGUCCUCUUUGAUUUACUUCAUCAGUGUUAUAUAGUUUUCCAUGUAUUCUUAUUUUAUUUUUGUUGAAGUAUUGUAAAUGGGAUGGCUUUGUUGAUUUCUUUUUCAGCUAAUUCAUUGUUGGUGUAUAGAAAUGCUGCUGAUUUUUGCAUGUUGAUUUUAUAUCCUGCAAGUUCAGUGAAUUUAUCAGCCCUAAGAGUUUUUUGGUGCCACUUUUGGAGUUUAGGGUUUUCUAUAUAUUUGAUCCUGUCAUGUGCAUACAGGGAUAAUUUGACUUCAUGCUUCCUGAUUUGCAUGCCCUUUAUUUCUUUAUCUUGCCUGAUUACUCUGUCUCAGACCUUUUGUACUUUGUUAAAUAAAAGGUGUGAAAGUGGGCAUACUUGUUUUGUUUCAGAUUAUAGAGAGAAAGCUUUCAGCACUUUCCCAUUAUGCAUGAUGUUAGCUGUGGGUAUGUUAUUUAUUACCUUUAUUAUGUUGAGGUACGUUCUUUCUAUUAUUAUUAUAAUUUUUUUUUAAUUUUUUUUUGAGAUGGAGUCUCACUCUGUCGCCCAGCUGGAGUGCAGUGGCAUGAUCUCAGCUCACUGCAAGCUCCGCCUUCGGGGUUCACACCAUUCUCCUGCCUCAGCCUCCCGAGUAGCUGGGACUACAGGUGCCCACCACCAUGCCUGGCUAAUUUUUUGUAUUUUUAGUAGAGAUGGGUUUUCACCAUGUUAGCCAGGAUGGUCUUGAUCUCCUGACCUCGUGAUCCGCCCACCUCGGCCUCCCAAAGUGCUGGGAUUACAGGUGUAAGCCACCGCGGCCGGCCCAUUCUUUCUAUUAUUAUGUGUAAUUUGUUAAGAGUUUUCAUCAUGAAGGGAUAUUGAAUGUUACCAGAGGCUUUUUCUCCACCUAUGGAGAUAAUCACAUUUUUUGUUCUUCAUUCUGUUGAUUUAUCAUGUUUAUUGUUUUGUGUAUGUUGAACCCAUUCUUGCAUCCCUAGAAUGAAUUCCACUUGGUCAUGGUAAACAAUCUUUUUGAUGUACUUUUGGAUUUGGUUGGCUAGUAUUUUGUUGAGGAGUUUUGCAUUUAUGUUCAUCAGGAAUAUUGGCCUGUAGUUUUCUUUUGCAUGUGUGUGUCCUUAUCUGGUGCUUGUGUCAUGGUAAUGCUGGCUUGUGGAAUGAGUUUAGAAUAAUUCCCUCCUCUUCAUUAUUCUGGGAAAGUUUGAGAAGAAUUCAUAUUUAAUUCCCCUAAAAUGUUUGGUAGAAUUCAGCAGUGAAGCCAUGAGAUCAUGGACUUUCCUUUGAUGGGUGACUUUUUAUUACUGAUUAAAUCUUGUUACUCAGAAUUGGUCAGUUGAAAUUUUCUGUUUCUUCUAGGUUCAAUCCUGAUGGGUUGUAUGUGUCUAGGAAUUUAUUUUCUGUAGGUUUUCCAACUUGUUGGUUUGUAGUUGUUCAUAAUAGUCUCUAAUGACUCUGUAUUUUUGUGGUAUCAGUUGCAGUGUCAUUUUUGUAUGUGUUUGAUUUUGAGUCUUUUCUCUUGGUUAGUCUAAUGGUUUCUUUUCAAAAAAUGAACUUUUCAUUUUGUUGAUCCUUUGAAUUUUUUUUUAAGUCUCAGUUUUAUUUAUUACUCUUCUGAUCUUUGUUAAUUCUUUCCUUGUAAUUUUGGGUCUGAUUUGUUCUUUUCUAGUUCCUUGAGAAGCAUUGUUAGAUUUUUCUUUUUUCUUUUUUUUUUUUUUUAAGAGACAGGGUCUUACUGUGUUACCUAGGCUGGAGUGUAAUGGUACAAUCAACUCAAACUCCUGGGCUCAAGUGAUCCUCACACCUCAGUUUUGAAUUCUUGGGCUCAAGCAGUUCUCCCACCUCUGCCUCCAGAAUAGCUAGGACUACUGGUAUGCACUAUCAUGACCAGCUAAUCUAUUUUUUUUUUUUUUUUUUUUUUUUUUUUUAGAGAUAGGGUCUUGCUAUAUGGCCCAGGCUGGUCUUGACCCAGCAUCAAGUCGUCCUCCUGCCUUGGGCUCCCAAAGCACUGGGAUUACAGGUGUGAGCCACCAUGCCCAGCCAGAUCUUUCUUGUUUUUGAUGUAGGUGUUUAUUACUAAAUACUUCCCUCUUAAAACUGCUCUUGCUGCAUCCCAUACAUUUUUAUAUGUUGUGUUUCUGUUUUCACUCAUUUUAAGACAUUUAAAUUUUUUUUCUUAAUUUCUUCAUUACCCAUUGGUCAUUCAGAAUCAUGUUAUUUAAUUUCCAUUUAUUUGUGCUGCUUUAAAAGUUCCUCUUGUUAUUGAUUUCUAGGUUUAUUUCAUUGUGGUCAGAAAGGUACUUGAUGUGAUUUUAAUUCUUUUAAUUUUUGUGAUUUGUUUUGUGGUUUAACAUGUGGCCUCUCCUUGAAAAUAUUGCAUGUGCUUAUGAAAAAAAAUAUGUAUUCUGUAGCUGUUGGAUGAAAAGAUCUGUUAGUGUCUUUUAAGUCCAUUUGGUCUAAAGUCAGUUUAAACUUGGUGUUUCUUUGUUGAUUUUCUAUGUAUAUGAUCUGUCCAUUGCUGAAAGUAGGGUGUUGAAGUCCACAAGUAUUAUUGUAUUAUUGUAUUGUCUUCCCCUUUAGAUCUAAUAAUAUUUGCCUUAUAUAUCUGGGUGCUCUGAUAUUGGGUGCAUAUAUAUUUACAAUUUUUGUAUCCUCUUCCUGAUUUCAUCCCUACUGUGUUUGAUACAAAGUCUCUUAUCGUAAGUAUAGCUACUCCUUAUAUAGUCAUGAUUGUGGUAAAAAAAAAAAAGAAAAAAGAAAAAAAUGUAUAGCUACUCCUGCUUGCUUUUGGUUUCCAUUUGCAUGGAAUAUAUUCUAUUCCUUCGCUUUCAGUCUGUGUCUUUUUUUUUUUUUUUUUUUCAGACAUAGUCUCACUCUGUCACCCAGGCUGGAGUGCAGUGGUGCUAUCUUGGCUCACUGCAACCUCUGCCUCCUGGGUUUAAGCAUUUCUCCUGCCUCAGCCUCCCGAGUAGCUGGGACUACAGGUGUGCGCCACCACACCCGGCUAAUUUUGUAUUUUUAGUAGAGAUGGGGUUUCACUAUGUUGGCCAGGCUGGUCUCAAACUGACCUCAGGUGAUCCACCCGCCUCAGCCUCCCAAAGUGCUGGGAUUACAGGUGUGAGUCACUGCGCCUGGCCAUAUUUGUGUCUUUAGAGGUGAAGUGAGUUUCUUAUAGGUAGCAUAUAGUUGGGUCAUUUUAAAAACCCAUUUAGUAUAUAUCUUUUAAGGUAGGAAUUUAAUCUGUUUACCUCAAGGUUAUUAUUUUUAAGUGAAGACUCCUUUCAUUUUGUGGUUUUCAGAAUGUUUUGUAUAUCCUUUGUUCUUUUCUUCAUCUCUUAUUUUUUAUCAUUGUAUUUUGGUGGUUUUCUGUAGUGAUAAGAUUUGAUUUUUUUUUUUCUCUUUUUUCUUUGCCUAUCUGCUCUACCAGUGAGUCUUAUACUUUUGUGUGGUUACAUAAUGGUGAUUAUUGUCUUCUUAUUUCCCGAUAUAGCAUUCCCUUGAUCAUUUCUUGAAAGGCUGGUGUAGUGGUGAUAAAUUCCCUUAAUUUUUGCUUGCCUGAGACACACUUUAUUUCUACCUAAUUUCUCUCUUUCUUUUUUUUUUAAAUGGAGUUUCACUCUCUUGCCCAUGCUGGAGUGCAGUGGCAUGAUCUUGGCUCACUGCAGCCUGCACCUCCCAGGUUCAAGCGAUUCUCCUGUCUCAGCCUCUGGAGCAGCUGGGAUUACAGGCGCAUGCCACCAUGCCUGGUUAAUUUUUGUAUUUUUGUAGAGAUGGGGUUUCACCAUGUUGGCCAGGCUGGUCUUGAACUCCUGACCUCAAGUAAUUCGCCUGCCUCAGCAUCCUAAAAUACUGGGAUUAUAGGCAUGAGCCACUGCACCUGGCUAUUUCUACCUAAUUUCUGAUGGAUUGUUUUGCUGUGCGUAGUAUUUUUGACCGAUAUUUUUUCUUUUCUUUCAGAAAUUUGGAUAUAUCAUCCCAUUUUUUCCUGGCCUGUGAGGUUUCUGCUGUUAUUCUAAUGAAGAUUCCCUUAUAUAUGACUUGAUGCUUUUCUACUGGUACUUUUAGAUUUUUCUCUUUGUCUUUGACUUUUGUCAGUUCAAAUAUAAUGUGCCUUGGAGGUGACCUUUUUGGGGAUCUUUGAGCUUCCUGGAUCUGAAUGUCCAUAUCUCUCGUAAGACUUGGGAGGUUUUUAGCUAUUAUUUCAUUGUCUUUUUCGUUUUCUUUUAUGUUUUAUUUUUAAUCUUGCUAUGAUCUCCUUAGCAGCUAUAAUUUCAUUAAAUAUGUUUUAUUUUUUUAAUUUUUUUUUUUUGAGACAGAGUCUCGCACUGUCGCCCAGGCUGGAGUGCAAUGACGCAGUCUUGGCUUACUGCACCCUCCGCCUCCUGGGUUCAUGCGAUUCUCCUGCCUCAGCCUCCCAAAUAGCUGGGAUUACAGGUGCACACCACCAUACCCAGCUAAUUUUUCAUACUUUUAGUAGAGACAGGGUUUCGCCAUGUUGGCCAGACUGGUCUUGAACUCCUCACCUCAUGAUCCACCUGCCUUGGCCUCCCAAAGUGCUGGGAUUACAGGCGUGAGCCACCAUGCCUGGCCUGUUUUAUUUACAAAAUUGUAUUAAAUAUAUAUUUUUUUCUUUUUUUUCUUUUUUUUUUUUGAGACGGAAUUUUCACCCUUCUUGCCCAGGCUGGAGUGCAACGGUACAAUCUUGGCUCGCUGCAAACUCUGCCUCUCAGGUUCAAGUGAUUCUCCUGCCUCAGCCUCCCGAGUAGCUGGGAUUACAGGCACCCACCACCAUGCCUGGCUAAUUUUUUGUAUUUUUGGUAGAGACGGGGUUUCGCCAUGUUGCCCAAGCUGGUCUCAAAUUCCUGACCUCAGGUGAUCCACCCACCUCAGCCUCCCAAAGUGCUAGGAUUACAGGUGUGAGCCAUCGCACCCGACCUAUUAAAUAUAUUUUCUAUGCCUUUUGUCAUCUCUUUGCCUUCUGGAACUCUGAAAAUAUGAAAUUUUUUUCCCUUGAUGUUAUCUAAUAAGUCUUGUAGGCUUUCUUCACUCCUUGUCAUUCUUAUUUAUUCUUCUCUCACUGGUAAUUCCAAACAAACUCUUUAUCUUUCUUUGCUUGAGUAAGUCUGCUAUUGAUGCUCUCUAUUGUACCUUAUAUUUUAUACAUUAAAUUCUUCAGCUGCAGGAUUCCUGUUUGGUGAUUUUAAAAUAUUUCUUUCUUAAAUUUCUCAUUCAUGUUAUGAAUUGUUUUUCUGAUUUUAUUGAAUUAUCUUUCUGUAUUAUCUUGUAUCCUAUUGAGGGUUUUUUGUUUGUUUGUUUGUUUUUGAGACAGAGUGUCACUCUGUCACCUAGGCUGGAGUGCAGUGGCGUGAUCUUGGCUCAUAACAGUCUUUGCCUUCCAAGUUCAAGUGGUUCUCCUGCCUCAGCCUCCCGAGUAGCUGGGACUACAGGUGUGCACCACCACACCCAGUUAAUUUUUGUAUUUUUAGUGGAGACAGGGUUUCACCAUGUUGGCCAGGCGGGUCUUGAACUCCUGACCUCAAGUGACUCACCCACCUUGGUCUCCUAAAGUGCUGGAAUUACAGGUGUGAGUCACUGCACCCGGCCUUGUUGAGUUUUUAAAAGAUCAUUAUUUUGAAUUACUUUUUUGGUAAUUGGUAGAUUUCCUUCUAGUUUGUUAAUGGAAAGUUAUUGUGUUCCUUUCAUGGUGACACAUUUCCUUGCUUUUUCAUGUUUCUUUUGUCCCUGCAUUGAUGUCUGUGCAUCUGGUGAAACAAUGGCGUCUUCCCAUUUUUCCACAGUCACUUUCAUAGAGGCUUUCACCUGCACUUGGUCCUUAAUGUGCUAGUUGAGAAGGGUGUAGUAACUCUGUUUCCAGAUAAGUGAAAUGGUAUAGUCUUUGUUCAGCUUUGUCAACAGUAUUUAAUGUUGGCAGUAACUUUGUUUUCCUCAGUGGCCUAGGUUGUAAAAGUUUGUAGCAGUAGUGGCAUAGGUUGUUAAUGGCAAGGGCUUUUUUGGAGUCCUCCUAUUUUCAUUUGCCCCACAAUGAAGUUACUUAGCCAUGAAGAUACUUCUUGCUGUGAAGUAUGAUAUGGCCUAUAGGCAGGUACAGUGGCUCUGGGUUCCAGGUGCAGGUGCUCAGGGCAGCUGUGGGUCUGGGGUUCUAGGCUCAGCAUCUGAUGAACCUAUUGCGGCACCUGGGUUUUGAGCUAUAGAUUUGCUCCAUGUGGUAGAAUUGGAGGUAGGUUUACCACAGAGCCAAGAUCUGUGACUCUGAUGUACCCCCUAGCAGCUUGGGCCCAAAGGGCCGGGUUGUAGCUUUUUGUUUCUGGGCGGCCAGGCACAGCACAGGCCCAACUCCAGGGAAGAAGUGGUGCUUUGGAGUAUUGGGCCAAGGAAACAGAAUACAGCUGCAGUUUGGUAACCUGAACCAUUCAGGCUCAUUGGCAACUUGAGUUUCUGGCAUAGCACAGUUUUUGUUUGGGCCUUGGGCAAUAGGGAGCAGCCCAGUGAUGACUCAGCUCCCCAGGGAGAAAGCUGUCUCAGCAGCUCAUACUUCAGGGUGUUAGUCCUGCCCCCUGGCAGCUGGUUAUCCAGCUAGCUCCCUAAAGUGAAUACUAGAGUUGUUUGGCCUGUAAUGUAGGGUGUCUCAUCUCAUGCCCUGCUUUGUUUCCCUGGAAUGUGAAGUCCCAUGCCAGCUCAGCCCAGUAUUGCAUAGCUACUCAGUUCAGGCAAGGCACUGCAUCCCCAGGGGGUAAUGUGCCUCGUCAGCUCAGGUCUAGGGUGUGUGACCUUAGGUUGGCCCAGGCACCAUUUUCCUGGGAUGCAGGAAGCUGCUUCAGAUUAGGUACUGGACUGUGUGUCUGCUUGGGAUGGCCAAGACACUGUUACCUGGAAGGCAGGGUGGUAGGUAGGGUGCUGCUUAAACUUAGGCACUGGGGAGGCAUGACUCCUCUCGAUGGCCAAAGUACUGUUUUACAGGAGACAAGGUACAGCUCAGGUACAGAGGGGUGUGACUGCUCUGGAUGGUUAAUGCACUGAUUUCCCAGGAUGCCUGGCAUUGCUUCAGCUCUGGCCUAGAGGGGCAGGAUGCAGCAGCAACUGGGAGGGGUAGGUGGAGGAGCUUCGCCAAGGCAUCCUUUCCUCAGGAGGCAAUGUGCAGCUUCAGCUCAGGUCCCUGGAAUCAGAGCAGUUUUGGGAGAAGGAGACUGAGAGGUAGAUGGUGAGAGGUGGAUGUUGCACAUCUGCCAGAGCAUUGUUUUCCCAGGAAGGAGUGCACAGCUUCAGCUCUAGUCGAAGGUGACAGGACACAGCCUAGCAUAGGGACUUGAGGGGUAGGUGGUGCAGCUCUCCCACUGCAUGGCCCUACAUGGGAAGGUGGAAAAGCUGCUUGUAGGUGUUGGGCCACCAGGUGGGGGUGGAUGGUGAUGGCUUAUCCUCAGGGAUGAAGGGGUGCCAUGGAACCGGACAGAACUCCAGCCGUUCCAAGAUAACAGCACAGUAGUUGUAUGGGCCACUGGGGGCAGGACAGUGUCAGCUCCUUCCUCAAGAGCACAGCUGUAUGGACUCCAGGCGGGUCCAUCAGCUAAGCUUAGUGCCUGUGAGGGCUGUAGGGGACCCCACUGGUGAGUACUGUAGGUGUCCAAGGUGGUGAUGGACGCUGCUGGUAUGCUAUUGCUCACUUUUUCCACAUACGGAGAAAUUCCUUCUGGUUUUCAGCUGAUCUUGGCUGGGGGAUGGGGUUGUGGAGACGAGGUGUUCCAUUCUCUGCUUGGCUAUCCUGAGUUUCUAUGCUCACCAGAGUUUUUGUUAUUACUUUGACAUAUUCUGGUGCUUUCCUUUAGUUAUUUCAUUAAAAUGUAGUUGCUUAUUUAUUUUGGCUCUGUGGGGGUGGGGAGAACAGCAUUUACGGACUGCUAAUCUGCCUUCUUGCUGAAGUCACUCUCUUGCUACAGAUAUUUGGUUGGAAACAUUUUCGUUUGUAUUCUGUAAAUAACUAGGAGUAGAAUUGCUGUGUCAUAUGAUAUGUGUAUAUUUACCUGUAUAGGAAACUGCCAAGUUGUUUUCCAAAGUGGCUGUACCAUUUUGAUUUCUCACCAGUAUUUUGUGGGGAGCUCCAGUCCUACAUCUUUUUGAGCACUUGGUUUUGUUACACUUUAAGGUUUUCAAUUUAACAGAUGUGUAGAGGUGUCUCAUUGUGGAUUUAAAUUUCAUUGCUGAAAUGACUACUGGUAUUGAGCAUUUUUUCAUAUGUUCAUUGUUCAUAUAUCUUUAGUUAUCUUUCCAAAUCUUUUUUUUUUUCUUGAGACGGAGUUUCAUUCUUGUUGCCCAGGCUGGAGUGCAAUGGUGAGAUCUCAGCUCACCACAACCUCUGUCUCCCAGGUUCAAGCAGUUCUCCUGCCUCAGCCUCCCAAGUAGCUGGGAUUACAGGCCCCCACCACGACACCCAGCUAAUUUUUUUAUUUUUUGUAGAGAUGGGGUUUCACCAUGUUGGCCAGGCUGGUCUUGAACUCCUGACCUCAGGUGAUCUGCCCACCUCAGCCUCCCAAAGUGCUGGGAUUACAGGCGUGAGCCACUGCACCAGACCCUAUCUGUCCAAAUCUUUUGUUCCACUUUAAAUUGUUUUUUCUUCUUAACAUUGAAUUUUAAGAAUUCAUUGUAUCUUUUAAUAUUCUGAAUGCUAGUUAUUUGUCAGAUACAUGUUUUGCAAACCAUUUAUCUGUAUUUGGUUUCCUUUUGUUAUCUUAGCAGUGUAUCCUGAAGAAUAGUUUUAAAUUUUGAUGUAAUCCAAAAUAUUUCGGUUGUUUGUGUUCUUUGUUAUCCUAUUUUUGUUGUUGUUGUUUUAUAGAUAUGGGGGUCUCACUACGUUGCCCAGGCUGGUCUUGAUCUCCUGAACUCAAGUGAUCCUCCCACCUCAGCCUCCCAUCCUUGUCUACCUAAUUAGGCUUUGUGUAACUCAGUGUUGCAAAGCUUUGACAUCUGUUUGAGUUAAUGUUUAUAUAUGUUGUUACUUAAGGGUUUCACAUUAAAUUUAAACAUACUUAUAUUUUAUAACCAAACAAGUCAUGUUGGGGCAUACUCAUUAGGAUUGAGUGCUUUCUUACACCAAAAUACAUGUAUACAAAGAUUUAAAACACUUUCGGUUGGGCGCGGUAAUCCCAGCACUUUGGGAGGCCAAGGCGGGUGGAUCACAAGGUUAGGAGAUCAAGACCAUCUGGCUAACACGGUGAAACCCCGUCACUACUAAAAAAAUACAAAAAAUUAGCCAGGCGUGGUGGCAGGCGCCUGUAGUCCCAGCUACUCGGGAGGCUGAGGCAGGAGAAUGGCGUGAACCCUGGAGGCAGAGCUUGCAGUGAGCUGAGAUCACCCCACUGCACUCCAGCCUGGGCGACAGAGUGAAGACUAUGUCUCAAGAAAAAAAAAAAAAAAACUUUUAUAAUAACAACUGUAAAUAGUUCAAUUGACAGUCAUUUGUAAGAUGUUUAAGUAAAUUGUGAAACAGUAAGUAAAUGGAUGAAAACACACUGAUUAAAACUGCUGCUUUUAUCCAACAAGAUGGAUGAAUUUCCCAGGAAAGAAUACUUGAGUUCAGGCCUGUUCAAGUCCCAACCUGUUUGUGGUUUGAGGUUGCUCUCUGCCUCAUAGAGCAAAGUGGAGAGUUUAUCUUCUGGGAGGACAAAGUUUUCUUCUCUGAAAAAGUUUCCUACAUAGUUGGCUUUGGCAUUUGCAAGGAAUGAAAGGUCAGGGAUUGAGGCCUCAUGAGUCUGGAUUUCUAGCUGAGGUUGAGAGAAAAGGUAGUGAUUGUAACCAGAAAAUCCAGAGUGGGUGUAUUUACCUCCAGAACUCAUAACUUAAAAAAAAAUUUUUUUUGAACUGACAUGCUUGAGGCUUUUUUUUUUUUUUUUUUUUUUUGAGAUGGGGUCUUGCUCUAUCCCCCAGGCUGGAGUGCAGUUGUGCAAUCAUAGCUCACUGUAGCCUUAUCCUCCUGGCCUAAGCAGUCUCCUGCCUCAACCUCCCUAGUAGCUGAGACCACAGGCGCAUGCCACCUGUGAGUUUCUAGAGACGAGGUCUCCCUAUGUUCCCCAGCCUGGUCUUGAACUCCUGGGCUCAAGUGAUCCUCCUGCCUCAGCCUUCCAAAGUGUUGGAUUACAGGCGUGAGCCACUGUGCCUGGCCAGAGCUCAUCACUGUUAACUCAGCCUGGGUUUUUCACAGCAGUCAUGGAAAUAGAUUCAUUAAUAAUAGUAACAAAUAUAUAGUCUCCCUCUCAAAGAAACCUUGAGUGGCAGUGGCAUACCAGAUACACAGUAGGAAAUACUGUAGAAUUAUGUUGUUAAGUUCAUAACCAAACAUCAUACAUGAUGAUAAAAGACAAAAUAAUGGUCACAUUUGUGCAGUAUUAACUGAGAGGGCAAAUUUGUCCCUGAGAAGCUAUUGGGAAUGUUCUCUCUCUUUGCAUUACUAGGAAUUACAUGGGAAACACAUGUAGACAGUCUUCAGGCUAUUAAGAUUUGUCCACUUAAUCUUUACUUAUACAUGAAUAAAAAAUGGGAAAACAUGAUAAAUAUAAUAAACGAAUACACUCAACCCUGCCCCUUGAUUAUAUAAUAGAACAAAAUCAGCAUGCCCGGCAUGAGCCUGCCAGAUUGCCAAUUCCAUCCUCCACCUUCAGAGGAUGCCGCCAUCCAGAAUUUUGCCUUACUCAUUUUACUUUCUUCAUAGUUCGACACCUUAAAUGUAUAUUACUAAUAGUAGCUUUACAUUUUUGGCUGAUUUAAAAAUUGAUAUAAAUGAAAUGCUGUAGAGAUGCUUUUUGGUAUUAAGUGGAUAUACUGUUAUUCUUAAAGAUGCUUGAAAUGAAUAUACCUUUCUAAUUAUCUUUUUAAAAUAAUACAUUAAAUGAUACUGCUUUAGAAUUCAUGAACUGCAUCUCAUGAGAAUAUGUAGAGAUGACGUGGGCAGGUAAAGUAAAACUUCAGGUUGAAUAUCCUAUGAUAAUUUACAAAUGACAAAAUAGUGUGGUGAAUAAUAGAGCUUGAGCACUUUAAGGCACCAUAGGGACCCCUUCAAUGUAAUGAUGACAACGCUGAGGUGCAGAGAAGUUAGGUAAUUAGCCCAAGCCACUACUCUAAGGGCAGACCCUAUCUACUUUUCCUAAUUUGUCAGAAGACUGCCUAUGAUACUACUUAUAAAAAGUCCUGUGAAAUUGGUAUUGUCAUUAUUUUACAAAUAAAAUAAUCUUCAAUUUUUGUUUCCUCUAUGCAUGGGUUACUUAGUAUUUUGUAAUUUGAAUUUCAAGCAUAAUUAAAAAGAAAUCAGGUAUCUAGGCUGGGCAUGGUGGCUCAAGCCUGUAAUCUCAACAUUUUGGGAGGCUGAGGCAAGAGGAUCACUUGAGGCCAGGAGUUUGAGGUAUCUUUUGUUGAUCUCUACACUGAUUGUAUUCUCUCUUUUAUUCUAUGAAAGUUAAAGAUUUUUUCUGAUACUACAUAUUGUCAGUUUUUUAAAUACUCAGUUUGUGCUAAAAGAAAACAUUCGGCAACUGAUACCUGCUGUUCUGUAUGUAUCUGUCAGUCCAGAUUUGUCCAUUAUGGUGUAUGAAUCUAAUAGAACCUCACCAAUGUUAUACCUGCCUUCUUGAAAUCAUUACUGAGAUAGCUAAUAUUAAAAUAUCCUGGUUUGUCUGUAUGUUUAAUUCUUUACUCUCAUUAUACUAAAUUUUUUUAAUGUAAUUUGAAUUGAUGGUAAAAAUUGUAUACAGGCCGGGUGCAGUGGCUCACUCCUAUAAUCCCAGCAUUUUGGAAGUCCUAUGCAGGAGGAUUGCCAGAGGCCAGGAAUUUGAGAUCAGCCUGGGCAACAUAGUGAAACUCUCAUCUUUAUAAAAAGUAAUAUUAAAAUUUUUAAAAGUGUAUAAACUGUAAAAUAUAUUUUACUGGUGUUUUCUUCCUUAUUCCUACUUGUCAGAUGCAAAUACACAUUUUUGUGUUUGUGUUUAGUAAUUAUAAGUAUACAUAUUUCAUUCUAUUUCAUAUAUUUCUAUGACAUAUCUUAGAUGUGUAAUUUAUGAACUAUUACUGGAUUAUUUUAAUCCAUUAGAAAUUACUAUUCACGCAUUCUGUAUUCAAUUCAUGUGAUAGCUAAUAUAUUUGGUUUUAAAUGCAUCUUAUUUUGUGGUUUUCUUCUAGGCUGUUUUUUGUGCUUUCUUUUAAAAAUAUAUAGGUUUUAAUAUUCUUAAUUUUCUUUUAGUUUGAAAUGUAUAUACUCAUUUUAUUCAUUAGUCUAAGAUAAGAAUUGUAACACUUCUCUAACCUAUUAUAGAAUUGUUAAUACCUUUACCCUUCUCUUGAACACAUCAAAGGAUGUCACUGAGUGUUGGUAUUGGAGUAUAGCAUAUCUAUUAUUCUGCUCAAUUAGAAGAUAUUGUUCAUGUUGUAUAGAGAUAAUAAGUAAUUGUAUUGAUCUGCAGAUGCAUCCAUCUUUUGGAUUCUCAUUCCUUCUACCACUGCAGAACUUUCACCUGUAAUCACUUUCCUUUGGCCUUAAGGAUAACUUUUAGGGUUACUUUUCUACUAAAUUUCCAAUUUUUGACCAGAUAUAAUCUUAUAUUUGCUCUUCCUGAAAAAUACUAUUGUUGUGGAUAGAAAUCUGGGUUGGUAGUUAUUUCUUCAGCAAUUUGACCAUGUCAUUCCACUGUGUCCCUGGCCUCCUGUAUACUGGAUGUGAAUGGAUACAAUUAUAUAUUGUGUUUAUAGUUUUCCUGUGCUAUAGGAACAGUAUUCGAAUCUGAUGCAAAGGACAACACACCCUAGAGAUUGUAACAGUGAGAUGAACCAAGUGAUUGGAUGGGGUUUUGAGUUGCUGGAAUAAUGGAGUUACAGUGUACAAUGCAUAAGCAACAUAAUAAAUUAUAUAUCUGGUGAACAAA